CUUGAACACCGUUCCCUAACAAUAGGAUGCUUCCUUCCCACGUCUUCUUCUUGCUGUCUCCCUCUCGCUCGCGUCGUACCUGAUCUCGCCAGCGAUCUCGGUUGACGGGAACUUCACAUAUGGAAAGAGAAGGAGAGAGCAUCAGGAAUUCAGAAGAGAGGGUGGUAGGGAGGGGGGAAGCAACAGAGGUUUAAAUGCUGCUGUUCAUGACAAUAAAGAAAAUCAUCGCCUCCUCCACCUCAACGCAUCAGCAGCGGCAUCGCCCUCAUUAUAUAACGAAACGGGUGUUGCACCACCGCACCACAAAUACCCAGGCACGGGAGCUGGAUUCCAGUCCAGCAGCACCACCAGUACAUGCGUGCGAGUGGCCGCCGCGCCUCCUAGUUUCCAGCUCUACUCCACACGAGCUAGCUAGUUAGCAAGUAUUGUGCGGUGGUGACCAGGCCAACUGCUGAGCAGGGAGUUUGGAAGAUGAGCAGGAACAAUGGCAAGGUGUCCAAGCUGCAGGAGCUGCGGCUGAGCCUGUCACGCUCGCGCGGGGGCGGGGGCCCGUCGAUGACACCGGGCGGCGGCUCGCCGAGGAGGCUCUCCUCGUCGUCCUCGUCGAUCGCGUCGCCGCCCAGCUCGUGCGUGUCGUCGGAGGGGAGCCCGGAGGCGGGCGUCGUCGUCGGCGCGCCAUCCAUGAUCCUGGCGGGGUGCCCCCGGUGCAUGAUGUACGUGAUGCUGUCGCGGGAGGACCCCCGAUGCCCCAAGUGCCACAGCACCGUCCUCCUCGACUUCAACGACGCCGCCGACCCGCGCCACGCCGGCGCCGGCGGCAAGAGCAAGGGCAGGCGCGGCUGACCCACCACCUGACUGUCCCGCCGGCUAGCCGGAGCAGUGCGUGACAUGCGCCAUGGGUAGCUACUGCCAGUAUCUAUCAGUCCAUUACGUACGUGCGUGUUCUUGUGUUCAUGUUGGAGUUGAUCAAGAAGGAAUUAUUGCGUAGACCCGUUCUUCCAUGGACCAGCUAGGGGAAGCAAGCUGCAGCCGGUGCAUGCAGGGUAUGUGUGUGUCGGACAUUGGGGCGCCAAUGGAACGGGUCUAGGUAAUAAUUUCGCGUUCGUCCUCUCUCUCUUUCUAUGCGUGUGUGACCUGCAGGUGCAGACGUGAUGUAGCGUGUGUUUCAUGUGUGUGUUGUGGUGAAAAUGAUGUGGUCUGUACGAGGCCAGUACUGCUAAGGAUUAAGAUUUUGUC